ACCGAAUCUUAAAAUUUUUUUAUUUUUUUGAAAUGACCGAAUCUUAAAAUUUUAAACAGGUAAAAUGCCGCGCUUUGGUAAAAUUUCCAAACUUCAACCCAAAUAAAAACUGGAAAAAUAGUGCCUUUUAAAAAACUUAAACUUAGCGCCAAAAAAAUCAACAAUUUUGCUUCCCGGGAUUCUCAAUUUUGGUCUUCAAAUUAAGAUUUAACAUUUACAAAUCCAAAAACCUUCCUCAAAACCUUUUCAAUCCUUCCUAAUCUCCCAAUUUUCUCCUGUAAUCGUUUUCUCUUUCUCUGCUAUUAGCAAUGGAUUCCAACUUCCAUUCUUUACCUCCAUUAAAACGUUUCAGAUUGCUGCAACAGCUAGAACAAAACCAGCAAGAACUUGUUCAACCAAAACCCCAAUUUGAACCUAAAUCUUUACAAUUAUCACCAUCUAAUCUCCCAGCCAAAAAACGAAAACAAUCUCGAGAUUGGUAUUUUGAUUCAAAUCAAGAAAAAGAAAACAUUCCUCCAAUUCCAAUCAUUCCUCCUACCCCUUACUCUUUACCUGCUAAGAAAAGAAUCUGGGCAUUCAAUCCUAAAUCCAGUCCUAUUAAAUCUCCUUCCCCAUCUCCUGUAUUUGAUCUCAAUGUAGAAUACAACCCAUCUCCAUCUCCUUCUCCUUCGAAAGAAGAGACCGUAAAUGGAGAAGAUAAAACUACCCAUCAUGAAAUCGAACCCAAAAAUGAUGGUGAUCUAAAAGAAGAUAUAGAAUCAGAUGAAGAUGAUGGGAUUUUAUGUUCUGUAUGUGAGAGUACAGAUGGGGAUCCAUCAGAUCCAAUUGUAUUCUGCGAUGGAUGUGAACUUAUGGUUCAUUCAAAUUGCUAUGGGAACCCUCUUAUUAAGGGUAUUCCUGAAGGAGAAUGGUUCUGUGCUCAAUGCGCAAACUCAAAUCCUUUGGCGUAUAAAUGCUGCCUUUGUCCUGUAACUGGCGGCGCAAUGAAGCCCACCAGGGACGGAAAAUGGGCUCAUAUUGUGUGUGCUCUUUUAGUCCCUGAGGUUUUCUUUGAGGAUUCAGAAGGCCGAGAUGGAAUCGAUUGCUCGAAGAUUCCGAAGAGAAGGUGGAAGGAGAAGUGUUAUUUGUGUAAGGAAAAGAAGGGAUGUGCCAUUGAUUGUUCUGAGUCUAAAUGUCCAUUGUCUUUUCAUGUAACUUGUGGGUUGAAAGAAGAUCUUUGUAUUGAGCUUAAAGAAGGUAAGAAUUCUGGUGGUAUUGUUGCUGGAUUCUGCAAAAAGCACACUGAAUUAUGGAAAAAGCAAAAACAAACAGGGAAGUUCAAGAUUGUGGCAAGGGAUGAGCAGCAUGAAGUCUGAGAUUUGGGCUUUGGCAGAAAGAUUCUGGAUUGUUUUUAAAAUGAAGAUAGUUUUGCUGUUAGCUUUUUUUUUUUUUUUUUUUUUGAUUUGGGUUAUAGAAAUUAGGGUUGUUUUGUGUUUGAUUAAGAUACUGACAUGGGAGAUUUUGAUCUCAAAUACAUGGUGAUGGGGUUUGGUUUGAAAUAGUUGCAGAUCUAGGAAAAAACAAAUAAUGUCAAUUAAGGGAAAUAUUUCUAUUGGGUUUUAAUUCCGGAUCAGAUAUGUAGGAGACAAUAUAUUAAUCAACUCAUACAUGUAAUUUUUUAUUUUAUUUUGAAUUUAAGUGAUGUCAACUGACAUCAAUAACAUCACGCACAUUGUUUUAAAUUUAGUAUGAAAUAGAUUUUUCUAUUUGCAAUUCAAACAUGAAACAUGUUAAUUUUAGGCUAUCAGAAAUUGGAUAUGAAU